GGUCUUUUCUUUCCGAUCUACCGCUGAAUCUCGCCCCUAGCAACAUGCCCCAAACAGAGGAGGUGCUCAGUGACUAUUAUUGGAAUAAACGGACGCACGAGUACCCAAGCCACACUGCCGACCCCACCACAGCGGCCCAAAAGUGGCGAAGAGACCUCCCAGGCUGCCUCUAUGGGACCCACACGCGGAGGCCUCUGGGAAGUGUAGUCGGCCGCUGCCCGGGAGUUGCGGGAGUGAGCCUCCGCGUGCGCAAGCGCACUUCCGUCUCUGCCCCGCCGCUGCGGCCAUUGUCCGGCCCCAGUGCGGCUGAGGCCGCUUUGGGCCGUCCCUCCGCACAUCAGCAUUGGAGAGGACGGACCCUGCAGCAGGUGUAGGAGGAGCUGGCCCGAGCCCUGCGUGGGCCCGAGGUCGUGAAAUCCGGAGUCCCCAGGAAGCGAGAACUGGCUGAGGGGCAGAGGCGGGCGCGGCGCGGCGGUGAGGGGUCGGCGGUUGCAGCCGGGUGAGUGGGCCCUGUCCUCUCUCCCCAGCCCCGGUCUGGAAGCCGACCCCGGCGUGGCAGGCAUGGCUCCGAGGCCUCCGAUGGCCGCGCCCCAGGAAUCCGUGACAUUCAAAGAUGUGGCUGUGGACUUCACCCAGGAAGAAUGGCACCACGUGGACGCUGCUCAGAGGCGCUUGUACAGGGAUGUGAUGCUGGAGAACUAUAGCCACCUGGUUUCUCUUGGAUAUCAAGUUUCCAAGCCAGAGGUGAUCUUCAAAUUGGAACAAGGAGAAGAGCCAUGGAUAUCAGAGGGAGAAAUCCAAAGACCUUUCUGUCCAGACUGGAAGACCAGGCCUGAAGGCAAAUCAUCACAUCUGCAGCAGAGUGUAUCUGAAGGAUCCCGUAGUGCAGAUGGCCUUUCACGUGCCACAUUCGAAAACACUUGGGAUGUUAGUAACCAGUUAGAAAGACACCAGGAAAACUGGAAAAGAUAUCUGGGGCCAGAUGCAUCCACCCAGAAGAAAACAAUCACACCAGAGGAAAAUUUUCAGCAAAAUAAAUUUGGUGAAAACCCCAGAUUGAAUACAGUUCUGGUUACACAACUGAAUGUUCCUUCAAGGCCUAGUGAGUGUGAUACACUUGGAAGCAAUUUGGGACAGAAUUCAGAUAUAAUUAAUCAGAGUAAUAUCCUUGCAAAAAAGAAACCUUAUAAAUGUGAUAAAUGUAGAAAAGCCUUUAUUCAUAGAUCAUCACUUACUAAACACGAGAAAACUCAUAAAGGAGAGGGAGCUUGCCCCAAUGGUACAGAUCAGGGAAUUUAUCCUGGAAAGAAACACCAUGAAUGUACUGACUGUGGAAAAACCUUCCUCUGGAAGACACAACUUACUGAGCAUCAGAGAAUUCACACUGGGGAGAAGCCCUUCGAAUGUAAUGUGUGUGGGAAGGCCUUCAGGCAUAGCUCAUCGCUUGGCCAGCAUGAGAACGCUCAUACCGGAGAGAAACCUUAUCAGUGUAGUCUCUGUGGGAAAGCCUUCCAGCGCAGCUCCUCCCUUGUUCAACACCAGAGAAUUCACACUGGAGAGAAACCCUAUCGAUGCAAUUUAUGUGGGAGAUCUUUUAGGCAUGGCACAUCCCUCACUCAACAUGAGGUGACACAUAGUGGAGAGAAACCCUUCCAAUGUAAGGAGUGUGGGAAAGCCUUUAGUAGAUGUUCUUCUCUUGUCCAGCAUGAAAGGACUCAUACAGGAGAGAAACCUUUUGAAUGUAGCAUAUGUGGGAGGGCUUUUGGUCAGAGCCCGUCCCUUUAUAAGCAUAUGAGGAUUCAUAAGAGAGGCAAACCUUACCAAAGCAAUAACUACAGUGUAGAUUUCAAGCACAGCUCAUCUCUUACUCAAGAUGAAAGCACUGUCAAUGAAGUGAAAUCCUAUCAUUGUAAUGAUUGUGGGGAAGACUUCAGUCACAUCACUGACUUUACUGAUCAUCAGAGGAUCCAUACCGGACAGAACCCCUAUGAAUGUGAGCAGAACUUUAAUCAACAACCUGUUUCUCAUCCUGGAGAGAAACCCUAUCAGUGUAAUGUAUGUGGAAAAGCUUUCAAAAGGAGUACAAGCUUCAUAGAACAUCACAGAAUUCAUACUGGAGAAAAACCCUAUGAAUGUAAUGAAUGUGGAGAAGCCUUUAGUCGACGUUCAUCACUUACUCAACAUGAGAGGACCCACACUGGAGAGAAACCCUAUGAAUGUAUUGACUGUGGGAAAGCCUUCAGUCAAAGUUCAUCCCUAAUUCAGCAUGAGAGAACUCAUACUGGAGAAAAACCCUAUGAAUGUAAUGAAUGUGGGCGAGCCUUUCGAAAGAAAACCAAUCUGCAUGAUCAUCAGAGAAUUCAUACUGGAGAAAAACCCUAUGCUUGUAAGGAAUGCGGGAAAAACUUCAGUAGAAGCUCAGCGCUAACUAAACAUCAGAGAAUUCAUACACGAAAUAAACUGUAGAAACCCUGAAAUUAAGGAAUAGCAGAAAAUUUUAGCUAAAAUAUUGUUCAUAUUCAGUAUCAGAAGAUUCUUAAUGGAGAGGAAGCUUGAGAAUGUAAUGAAUUUGUGUGUGUGUGUGUGUGUGUGUGUGCGCGCGCGCACGCGCGCACACACGCGUGUGCAUGUGUGUGGUGUGAGAAGAAAGCUCUAUGCUAGUAGACCAUGUUUUUUAACAAAUAGAAGCUACAUUCUCAAAUCUGAUUACAGACUUUUGUAAAAACAACUACAAACAUCAUAUAUAACCAGUUGGAAAUGAUAUGCCUAUGUAUUGGACUUUAUAAAGCUUUUAAAUACAGUUGUGCAGGAGAUCAUCAACUUUGAACAGUUUGACUUGUCACUCUGUUUACAGCCUUUUUUAAUAAAUAAAACUCCUGCAGUAAUGACCAAAACUUACUUUUAAAAUUGCUUGACAACUGCAUUCAUCUGCAGCUUUUAAGUUAAAUUCACCAUGGAAACCAGUUCCACCCCCAGGAAUUCGUCAUUCAAAGAAUGAGAUCAACUGGUUCAACCACUUCGUUGUACAGAUGAAGAAACCAAAAGCCAAAGAUGUGAAGUGGUUUGCACCGUGUGAUAGAGCUUAUGAUGGCAAAGCUGGGUGGAGAAUGCAGAUCUCCUGGAUCUUUUGCCCUUUCAAAAAAAAAAAAAAGAUUCUUUUGCCUGGAUCUUUCAGUGGUCUGUCCACUGAAAAGGUAUUUUGGAAUUCAGAGGGCUUUAAAGUAAAUUUUGAAAUAAAUCAGAUGCACAAACAUUUGAUGAGCACUCAAGUUGGAUACUUCGGGAAUUCAUAAAAGCAUCAGAGACAACAAAAUACAUGCACAUUUGUCAUGGGCCUAUUUUAAACAACUUGUUGGGGGCUUACAUACCAAAAUGUUAACAAAAGCUGUGAAUAGUUCAACUACUAGUGACUUUUUGCCUUUUCCCAAGUGUAAUGUUUAUACUUUAAUCUAACAUAUGUCAGUUUCAUAAAUCUAUUAAAUUCU